CAGCAGCACGAUCAGUACAUAGGCCCGGCGUACGACCCAUCCCGCGACCUGUCGCCUACGCUGCCCCCCUCCUGCGACUCCUCCUCCAUGGGGGAUGCCGGCGACCCCAGUGGAGCCUCGGGGGGCAGCUCGUGCAGCACUCCCUCCAACAACAACCACCAGUCUUGCGCAUCAGAGAUGUGUCGACAACAGCAUCCUCCCGGCGUCAUGCCCUUGCCCCUUCAACGACCGCCUACUCCCCACUCCUCCUUCGAGCACCACAUACCAAAGCUAGAAUCUCCAUCAACACCGCCCAAUCGACCGCCCGCUUCCAGAUCAGCGGGUGUGAGACUAUCUGAUGAUGGAGGCGGAACUACGCACGGAGUGGGCGGAGCUACGCACGGCAUCGGCGGACCAACGCUUUGCGGAGGCUGCGGACAACGAAUCACGGACCGGUUCUACUUGCAGGCGGUGGACAGACGGUGGCAUACCGCAUGCUUACAGUGCUGCCAGUGUCGGAGGACGCUGGAUGGGGAUCUCACCUGUUUCUCCAGGGAAGGGAAUAUCUACUGUAAACAAGAUUACUAUAGGUAGGUAGAAAAAGUUUAUAACUGAAUUUUUCACCAUCUAAGCUUGCUACUCAAUACGUGAAUUAAUCCCGAGGCAGAGUUUUGCUUUGAUUUGCCUCAGUGGAUGUGAAAUCACAAACAUAAAUCUACAUGAGUUAUUAGAACAUAUCAACCGACUCCUAAGGAGUUUUCUCUGAUAAUAUUUGUACUACCAAAUCAAUAGUUGA